GAUUGGUGGAACGAACAUGAAGAAAAUUCUUUUAGAACUUCAAUUCGUAAAGAAAUUUUAAAUGCAUUUUCUAAAGCCGAAAAACUCUCAAAACCUUCUAUUACAGAUCUUUUUAAUGAUGUUUAUGAUUGCCCUCCACAGAGUAUCAUCGAUCAGAGGAAAAAGUUAAAAACCUUAAUAGAGAAAUAUCCUGAACACUAUCCUCUUAAAAAUUACAAAAACGAAGGUAAAGAUUUGUGA